CGGCAGCGUUUCUUCAGUUGUGUGUAUUCCCAAAUAUCUUUCAUUCCACGAAGAGGGAGGCCUCUUUUUUAGUUCCAAGCACUGCAGUAACUGAAACGCAAGUGAAGAAGAAGCCAUGGCUACGUGUUUACGAGCACUACCAAUAACUACCUGCUCAAUACCAUCGUCAUCAUCUUCAGCUUCUUCUAAUUCUCAAUCACUCAAAAGAAGAAACCUAAGAAUCAAUUGCUCUUCAUCCAAAAUACCAAUGCCCCCAAUCAACCCUAAAGACCCAUUUCUAUCGAAACUAGCCUCUAUAGCUGCCAAUUCACCCGACUCACUUCUGGACCGCCCUAUCACUUCCGAUACGCCUCCCUUUCUUGACCUGUUUGACUCUCCUAAACUCAUGGCCACUCCCGCUCAGGUUGAGAGAUCAGUAUCGUAUAAUGAGCACAGGCCAAGGAAGCCACCACCGGACUUGCCUUCUUUGCUUCUCCAUGGCAGGAUUGUUUAUAUUGGCAUGCCUUUGGUGCCUGCUGUCACAGAGCUUGUAGUUGCUGAAUUGAUGUACCUGCAGUGGAUGGAUCCCAAAGAACCUAUUUAUUUGUACAUUAAUUCCACAGGAACCACUCGUGAUGAUGGUGAAACAGUGGGAAUGGAAACAGAAGGUUUUGCUAUCUAUGAUUCAAUGAUGCAGUUAAAAAAUGAGAUACAUACAGUUGCUGUUGGAGCUGCUAUUGGCCAGGCUUGUCUACUACUAGCUGCAGGAACAAAAGGCAAACGGUUUAUGAUGCCACACGCAAAAGCCAUGAUCCAGCAACCGAAAGUCCCAUCUUCAGGACUGAUGGCUGCAAGUGAUGUUCUUAUCCGUGCAAAAGAGGCAGUAACUAACAGGGACACCCUUGUUGAACUUCUAGCCAAGCACACUGAAAAUUCAGUGGAGACUGUAGCCAACGCAAUGAAAAGACCAUUUUAUAUGGAUUCUAGAAGAGCUAAAGAGUUUGGAGUCAUUGACAAAAUUCUGUGGCGUGGCCAGGAAAAGAUAAUGGCAGACGUUGUCACUCCAGAAGAAUGGGACAAGAUGGCCGGCAUUAAAAUUGCAGAUCCAUUUUAGUGAGGAUUUAGAACUAGUGGCAAUACAGGCUUGAUUUCGGCCCCCAGGACAAUAGAGGACAGGAUGGCUGGCAUUGGGGGACAAACAAUUACUCAUUAAGUGUUGUUCCUUUUCUGUGAUGGUAUAGUGUUUUAAUUGGAAGAACCGGUUGCAAUGCUGGAAGUGGCGCAGUGAGAGUUAUCUUGUUAAACGAAGAUACUGUGGAUGACUUAAAGAAUCUGUGGAAGUUGUGAUGCAUGAGGGCUGGAAAAUGGUGUAGUAAGAUAAUAUAUAUAUUUACUGCAAGUUUCUGUACGAUUUUACUGGUCACCUUACUUUCCAAUUACAAGCAAGUUUGUCCUUUUA